AAGUUUACGAGAUUUAAACAUUUCAGGAAAUUCUCUUACUGGUAGCAUUCCUCCUUCAAUUGGUGAUAUGAAUGUGUUGGAGUCUUUAGACUUAUCUCACAAUAACUUAUCUGGUGGAAUACCUGAGAAGUUAACCAUGGGUUGCUCAUCAUUGAGGCUCCUUAUUCUAUCAAACAACAACCUACAAGGCCAGAUUUUCUAUGGGAAAUUUAGCUUAUUCCUCUUGGAUGAAUUACAGUUGAAUGACAAUCACUUUUCUGGAAGUAUCCCAAAAGUUUUAUCUAAUUGCUCCUCUCUGUAUUUAAUAGAUUUUAGCAACAACAAUCUCUCUGGAAGGAUCCCAAGCUCGAUGGGUAAUAUUUCAACCUUGGAAGAAAUUAUCAUGCCCAAUAAUGGUCUUGAAGGUCCAAUUCCUAUUGACUUUUGUCAGCUUCUAUAUCUUUUAAUUCUAGACCUUUCAAAUAACAAUAUUUCGGGGAGUCUACCAGCUUGUUUCAACCCAAGUAUGAUAAAUCAUGUUCAUUUAUCCAAAAACAGGCUAGAAGGAUCACUGACAACACAGUUUUGUAACAGCUCUUCUCUAAUAACGCUAGAUCUUAGUGACAACCAGUUAAGUGGUAACAUCCCAAAUUACAUCAAUAUGCUUGGUAAGUUGAGUUAUCUUAUCUUGAAGAACAAUAAUCUUGAAGGUAAUAUCCCAAUUCAACUAUGCGAGUUGCGGAGAUUGUGCUUGAUUGAUCUAUCUCAGAACCAUCUUUCUGGCCAUAUACCCUCUUGCCUAGAUAUUACUACUUUUGAUGAGUCAUACAAUGUUGGUCCAUCUCUUGUUCGUGGUAGUAAUGCAUCUCUUGUUCGUGGUAGUAAUGCAUCUCUUGUUCCUACAAAAGAACCAGUGCACUUCACAACAAAGAAUGUGUCAUAUUCUUACGAGGGAACACUUCUUACCUACAUGUCUGGAAUUGACCUGUCCUGCAACAAACUGACCGGUGAAAUUCCUUAUGCAAUAGGACAGCUUAGUAAGAUUCAUGUCCUAAACCUGUCUCAUAAUUUCUUGGUUGGUCAAAUUCCAUCUACAUUUUCUAUCCUUGAGCAAAUCGAGAGCUUGGAUCUUUCCUACAACAAUUUGAGUGGGAAAAUUCCUCCCCAACUUGUUCAGCUGCAUUACUUAUCUACCUUUAGGGUGGCAUACAACAACCUAUCAGGCGAGACACCGAAAAGGGUCGGACAAUUUGGAACAUUUGAUGAACGUUGUUAUGAGGGUAAUCCUCUGCUUUGUGGGGAGCCAAUGAAAAGUUGCAGAGCAACAAGUCCACCAUUGAUCCCAGAAAGUCCAACCCCAGGUAGAGAAGAUGAUGGUUUCAUCGAUAUGGGUGUCUUCUAUGUGAGUUUAAUUGUGUCUUACAUAAUGAUGCUCAUAACUAUUGCUGCAGUUCUCUACAUAAAUCCUUAUUGGCGACGGGCAUGGUUCUAUUACGUUGAGAUGUGCUUCAUUUCUAGCUAUUAUUUUAUAGUAGAUCAUCUUCCCAAGCAAUUUCAUUAAAGAAUGUAUCCAGAUUAUAGGUGUCCUUUCUAUAUAUAUUCUUUCUUAUUUUCCUGUUCGGAAUUGCAAUCAGAAGUCAUAGAUAUAUAUGCUCUUUCAAGUAAUUAAAACUAGCGAGCAGAG